AUGGCAUAUCCCACUGUCGUCCUCGCCGGACAAACAGGCGGGCUCCUCUUGGCCACGAUUCUCAUUGUCGGCAUCAUAUGCUACAGAUUCGCACUUCCAACUCCAUUGGCUGGGAUUCCACACAACAAGCAUUCUGCACAGAGAGUUAUGGGCGAUUUACCUGAUUUGGCCAAAUUUAACAAGGAGACGCGAUUGUUCUGGGCUUGGCUCACGAUGCAGGUUGAGAAGAUCAAGUCCCCCAUCAUCCAAGUUUUCAUGACCCCGUUGGGCAAGCCACACGUUGUUAUCUCGGAUUAUAGAGAGGCACAUGACAUCCUCGUCCAUCGCCAUAAGGAGUUUGACAGAGCAGACUUUUUUGCCGAGACCAUGGGACCCUUAGCCCCAGAAGGCCACAUCCUAUUCAAGUCAGAUGACAAGUUUCGUCUUCAUCGAAAAGUCAUUGGAGACCUCAUGUCGCCGAGCUUUUUGCAACAUGUCGCCGCGCCUUCGUUAUACGUCAAUCUUUGCAAACACAUCCAGCUGUGGGAUGCAAAAAUCGCGCUUAGCCAAGGCCGUCCCUUCGAGGCCAUGGACGACAUUUACUAUAGCGCCCUUGACGCGGUAACAAGUUUUGCCUUCAGUGACAACUUCCCACACAAUGCAACCAGGUCACGCGUUGAAUUUUACUCCGCCUUACCCCAGAGUAGCCUUACCCUUCCGGACGAUGAAGACGCACCUGUCGUCUUUCCCAAAAGUCCGAUCACUGAUGACUUUGUUGAAGCACUCCGUGAUCUAAGCCUCGUGUACGAUGAAGCUCUAGCGGCUCCUCUACCCAAGCUUGCAUGGUUUUUUAUUCUCCGACGAGAAUCGACGAAAAAGGCUGUGCAGGUCAAGGACUCAGUCUUUGGUAAAGAGAUUGACCUCGGAAUCGACAGGAUUCGGGGCGGAAAAGAUGGCUCCCGCGUCAAGUCGGCUUUAGAUCACAUGCUCUUCAGGGAGGCUACGAUAGCCGAGAAAGAAGGACGUCUGCCCGACUUUCACCGCAGAAUGAUCUACGAUGAGACAAUCACAUUCAUCUCCGCCGGACACGAUACGUCGUCGACCACUCUCUGCUGGGGCAUCAAGCGUCUGGCCGACAACCCCGAAAUUCAGGAAAAGCUCAGAAAACAACUGAGAGGUUCCCUCUCAGCUGCAUCGUCAGAGGGUCGCUGGCCUACGCAUGAGGAGAUUCUGCGAACCAGCAUGCCGUAUCUUGACGCUGUCGUAGAGGAGAUGCUGCGACUGGCUCAGCCGGUACCAGGACUUGUUCGCCAGGCCACUUGUGACACACAGAUUUUAGGCCACUUUGUCCCUAAAGGUACACAAGUCUUCAUGCUCGCUAAUGGACCGAGCUUUUUCAGUCCGGCGAUGCCCGUAGAGGAAAGCCUACGCACUCAGCAAUGCAGAGAUUCCAAGGAAUCACUCAAGAUGUGGAAAGAAGACGGUAGGAUGGCGAAUUUCAUGCCUGAGCGCUGGCUCGUCCCAGCUCCAGCCGGUGCCAAAGCCGAGAGCACUUUUGACGGAUUUGUCUUUGAUCAGACUGCUGGGCCCAUGAUGGCAUUUAGUUUGGGACCCAGGGGGUGCUUUGGCAGAAGGCUUGCCUAUAUGAGUCUGAAGCUGUUGUUAACACUCAUUGCUUGGAACUAUGAGCUCCUCCCAUGUGGAGAGAAUCUUUCCAGCUAUACGGCCCACGACAUAUUGACAAACAGGCCCGACUUUUGCUACGUCAGACCUAGAAAGCUUUAA